AUGCGGUCACGUGGUACUACGGCCGAAGAAUGGAUGAGGGCGAGGGUUAAGAGGGUGACGGGUCUACGAGGGUGUACAGUUCUUGUAGCUUGCGUAUGGUUUGCGGGGGCGGCAACGUGGUUUGUCCUUAUUCCCAGGGCCUCGCAGGCCUCGCAACAACUAAGCCUCGUAGGCCUCGCAAGUUCCAAGAUGGAUCGCCUUGCGAUCCAGUUCCUUAGUCAUCUCUGUCACGUGACCUUGUCAUAUACCCAAAUUACUUGUCCUAUGCUUCCGCUGCUUUACCCCGCUUAUGGUACGACUGUUCUUAUCCACUGUCACGGUAUCCUCCCUGGAUCCUAG